GAGUGUUCAGUUCCGAUCGAACAGUCGGCCGCUGAGCAUCGCGCUCCCACUCCUUCUGCUUCAGCUCUUUUUCCGACAGGCUCAGAUUGAGAAAAUUUGCUUUUUUUUUAACCCGUUGAAGUUGUUUGACUUGUUUUUUUUUGCCUUUUGUCGAUUGCAUCCUUAGUGCUAUCUAUACGUUCAUGUUGUUUCAAUUUGCUUUGGCCUCAUCAUCAUCAUCAUCGUCGUCGUUGCUGUCGCGUUGAGACUGAAGGAAGAUAUUGUCUUCGUGCCUCGCGGUGCUGCAUUCACAGUGAAAGAGAGAACACAUAAAAUAAAACGGAUUUAUUUAUAGUUUUGAUUUGCAUGGCCUACUACUGUUAGCUGCUGCGGUAUACUGUUUGUGUGUAAUCAAUACAAUCGUGUGACCUGUCCAAGAUAUCGAUCCACGGGUAAAACUGUGAAAAGGUGUGUCAAAGAGUGCCAUGGUUCACAGUUUUUUGGUGGGACCAAAGGUUAUGCAGAGCCGGUUUACGUCAAGUGGGUGGAGCAAGGGGUUGAUCCGUGUGUAGAUUGAUGAAGUCGGGGCGGAAGAAAGUGUCGCACUGCGGUAAACUCGGAUUUUGAAGAGGAGGAAAGCGUGUGUGAAAUAUUUAGUGCACUGCGGAUGUUUUUGCGAUUUCGCCAGAACACGGUACGAAUUCCGGCGGUGGUUUCUUCUCGGAUGCAAUCUGUUUGAAAUAAAUUUUAUGCGCGGCAAACUCCUGGGAGGACGACAUCACGUUCAAAAGUGUUUCCAAAGAUAGUUUCGCCCUGCCUCCUGCGUUCGGAACGAAGAAGAAGAGACAGUGAAAGGCGGUUAAACUAUUCACGAAACGGCAACGCUACUAGGUACACAGCUAGCAGAGGAAAGACAGGCAUCCGGUCACGAAAGUUGAAGAACCUAACCAAAAUAACUCCGCGUGGUAGAGGACGAGCGCGAGAAGCGCGGAAGACGGACGUUUGUACACACAUAUGCGUGUGUAUACGCCUACUCCGAUCACCGCGCGUAGUUUUGGGACGUCGGAGUUGUUUACGAACCAGUCUGGAAGAAAACGCAAGUGAAGAAUAAUAACCUUAAAAAACAACCGUCUCCGUCGUCGUUUGUUUGGAUUUGAACACUGGUGUGGUGUUUUGUUUAGUAACGAAGCAGGCGAGUUCGAGACGUUGAACUUCCGAUUCGAAGAGUGCGUGACAAGCAACCAAUCAACCGCCGCUUGCUUUGAUUUGACCGUCGCGCGCGGUUGUCAAAUAUGGCCGCCGCAGUCGAAAAGUCUUCAAUCGAAGUGACCACGCUUGUUGAGGAAAGUGACCACCUUCGGGAUAGAAACUGAAAAGUGAAAAACCGGACUACUAGAUCGAAACCUUUCCUCCGAGGGAAAAGUUCAGCAGAAUCUCCGACCAGAUCACAGUGAAAAUCUAGACCAUGCCACCUUGGAUCGAGUCCAUGGAGCAGCAGCGCAGAAGAUCCACGCGACACCCGACCGGGAUCAGCAGCAACAAUAGCUGGUCCGUCCGAUCAGUCAUGUACAGUAGUGGUAGCAGCGAUAGUGUUAGAAUCAGCCAUGGUGAUAGUUCCUUAAGUUCAGUAGCAGUAAGUGCGACGACGACGCCGGGGUCGUUCCAUCAUAGGUUAAGAUGGGUGCUGGGGUUGGUGACCCUGUUGGCAGUAUUAUCCGGGGCGGAAGCGGUGUGUGAUCCGGAUCGGUGGUGGAAUCUGGAACGGGAAGAGUGCGAUCCGUGUACGGUUUGUGGUGAGCAGCAGCUGGUCCUGCGGCCCUGUCAGGAGUACAUGGACACGGUCUGUGGGACGAUCGGUGAUCUGGAUAUGGAUCUGGCGCAGUUGGCGCGGACCGAGGCGCGCCACGAGCAACGACACUGGAAGGAGGAACGCCGGAAAGAUGGCUCCGACGGGCACCAGCAUCGGCCGCUGCACGGUCAGCAUCAUGGCCCGGCCAACGGCCAACACCCGGGCCACGCGGGCUCGGCCCGAAAGCACGAGAACACCGAGGAAAUCCUGUGGGAUUGGCAAGCGGCCUCGCUGCUCCUGGCCAUCAUCGGGUGUUUGAUGUUCUUCUUCGCGGCGGCCAUCAUUGCGCUCAACCAGACGCGCCAGUGGAAACGGAUCGAGAAGCACUUCGAUGCAGACAUGGAGGCCCUCUCGGCGCAGCUGAUGAACCAUCUGUCCAGCAUGCAGCAGCUCGAGAACGGAUCGAUCUUCCUGGAUGACGUGCUAGGUGGAGGCGGCAUCGGUGGCGGAGAUCAUCCGCGGCGGUUCCUCCGAGGGGAACGAAGCGUAGACAGCACGAGCAGUACCAGCGCCCUGCUCGGAGGCCACCACCACCACCAUCAUCACCAUCCGAUCGAGGUGCGCUGUGUCUACUUGGAUGAGUUGCUAGACGGCAAAAAUUGCAUCCAAAGUCAAGGUCCGGGCAAUUUGUACAUUGAAGAGACAAACAGCACCAAUACUACCACCAAUGUGGACCGUGGACCAACGUCAACACCAGCAGCGUGUCAUCUUCCUUCCACAAACUGUGGCUCUUCCCCGUUGAAUCGAGUUCGAUUGUAUUGAGGAGGAAGCCUCCCCAAAUACAAUUUGAUACAGUUUAGAAUUAGUUCUGGCAGCACUGCGCACAUAUCACGCGCACCGCAUCACACAACAUAAUGACUCUGAAAACAAAUGAAAGUAUUGCAUCAACUACCUGUCGAAGUGUAACGUCGAAGCAGAGAGCGUAUUUUCCUUAUGGUUUAUAUUUAAUUUUCCUGAAGAAAUCUUAGAUUCUAACGUAGAGUUUUUAAAUAUUAACAAUAACACUACAGUGUAUCUGUACAGCCGUCUGUGUAGCAAUUAGAUAAAGUGCCUUGUUUCAAAGGGAACACUAACCAUAUCCGUGUUAUCAUCGAAGAAGCACUAAAAAACCCCUACGAUGGUGUAGGAACAUAUUCUGCGCAAAUCGCUUUAAGUGUGUAAAUAUAUCUAUACAUAUUUUUGUAGAGUAUUUGUAUUUUCUGGCUGCACUGCUGUCACAAACGAACGGCACUGCAUGCAGCGGUAGCAACACUGCAUUCAUUCUCCAUAACAAACAACAACACAUAUUACUGGUAGCUAUAUAGUAGCAAGCAACGCAGCAAGCUGAAACUUAAAAUAAAAGUCGUAGAAACUCGUGUACAAACGGGGCCUACUUUGAUCCGCGUUGGGCGUAGUGUCGAUCGAUUGUAAUAAAUUCUUGCUUCCGAAUCCGAA